AUGAAUCCAAACAUGCAACAAGACGAACUAGCGCAGCUGUUCUCAGCUCAUAUGCGCCUCUCUCAAAAUGUGCCUCAAGCCUCCCAGCAUUCUCAAGCUCCGCCACAAGAACAGCCUGCGCAGCAGCAGGAACAACCAUCACAGCCAAUUGUCUACGCUUCUCAGCAUUACACACAUAGCUAUCAUGUCGCGCCUGCCUGUCAGGUAGACCAAGAGCCUGUGAAAUCCCAAGUUGGACCAUCCGAGCUACAGGCAGUCCUCCUUCGAAACAGCAUUGAUCCCUCUCUGCUCUUCCCCUCACAACUUGACCUGUUCCAGAAUGCCGACAAUGACCAGAGGCUCCGCCUACUCGAGCUUUGGCGUAUUUCCCCCCCACAAGGUAGUACGGCAAGGCAGCUGUACGACUGGCCCCCCACAAGCCUGGCGCAAGAAGAGUCCAUGGCAAAGCUACGAUACGAGAAGAUGCUAGAGGAGCGGGCGCAGCAAGAUGAGAUACAGAACCAUCAGCAGCAACUGGACCAGAGUAUGGAUCAGGGCACAGACACUAUCGCAAUGCAGACAGCUCGCGAUAUACCUGUAGGAACUCCCGACAACGCCGCCGAGCCGUACAUUGUCUCAGGAUACGAUAUGCUUGCGCGAAGGGAGUACGAAGCGUCAGCUAAGUCUGUUAACAAUCAGCUUGGCGAAUCCACGAGAUACAACCAAGCAACUGAUCCAGUGUACAUCCAUACCGGCCAGACUGGCCUUUGGGAGAAGAACGUCGGCAGCAUCCUCGACAUGGAGAACCAGUACGGUGCUUUCGCUCACGCGAGAGACUUCGACGUUCACAGAUCCUACGGCGAUGAUGAGAUGGUCAUGUAA